AAUUAUACCACAUUAGAAACUUCCCACUCUCUCUCUCGUUUGCUUCUUCUUCAUCGUUUCACCCACUCACUUCAUUCUCUCUCUAAAACCUUCACUUUCUCUAUCUAUCUUCAAAACAAUGGGAAACCUGUUUGACAGUAGCAAGACUUUAUGGGGAAACAUGAACCAUGGAUCGUCACGUUACUCUCUAAACGGCAAAAUCAUGCUUGCUUCCGUCAUCAUCCUCUUCGUCGCCGUCAUUUUAAUCCUCUGUUUCCACAGCUACGCUAGAUGGUUAUUCCGCCGUCAAAACCGCCGUAUUCGCCGCCGUAUCAGUGCUCACCUCCGAUCACUCGCCGCCGCUAGAGACCCCACCCAAUCAUCAUCCUCCCUCUCUCCUCUUGAUCCGACGGUGCUCGAGAAGAUCCCUAUCUUCGUCUACUCCGUUAAAACCCAUGAAUCUCCGCUUGAGGAAUGCUCUGUUUGCUUGUCGGAAUUCGAAGAAGACGACGAAGGACGUGUCCUUCCCAAAUGCGGCCACGUGUUCCAUGUCGAUUGUAUAGACACGUGGUUCCGGUCCAGAUCAAGUUGUCCUCUUUGUAGAGCUCCGGUUCAACCCGCACAGCCGGUUACCGAACCCGAACCGGUUGCUGCUGUGUUUCCAUCGGUUAAACCAAUUGAGGAUACCGAAGCCGGAAGUUCCUCUUCAUCGGACGAAUCCGAAUCCUCGACGCCGUCUUCCUCCUCUGGUUCGCCGGUGAGGUUUCCGAUGGAAGCUUGUGAGAGAGAACCGAUUGAUUUAGUCGGUAUCAUUGUGGAGAUUCCCAGGGAAUUUCAAGAUUCUAAUUCGGAUCUACCCGCAGAUAACGGGUCGAAUCGUCGGGCUUCGUUGAAAAGGCUAUGGAUUAUUUGAUCACAUAAUUGGAUAGUGACUGAAUCCGACCCGGUAAAUGGGUGGGCAUAAUAAUUCGGAUUCUGAAGAUCCGGUAAUAUGACGCAGCGGGCAGAAUCGUAUUACUGGCAUGGAAGACGACACGUGGCGUUUUUGGGGAUCCACAUGGCAAUCACUGGGACGUUUGCUUUACAAAAAGACACCGUUUGGGAAAAAUGAACGGAAGUGAUAUCUAAAGUAACGGAGCCGUUUGAUGAAGAAGAAGCAGACGGCGUCGUUCAGUGGAGAGUGGAGCAAAUCGCUAAGCGAAGCUCUCCCACCAAAACGAUUUUCUUUGUUUUUUUUCCUUCUUCUUCUCUUAAAAUUUAAUUAAAAUAAGUGAAUGUAAUUUGAUCAAGAUUUUAUCUUACUUCUGUAAUUAAAAUUAAAAUAUUAUUCAUUAUUAUUAAUUUAACCGAAUGUUAGCCUUAAAUGCUAGUGUAUCGAUUUGUAAAGUUUAAUC